CGGCAGGCAACGACACCAGGCGGCCGGCAUCAUCCGUCCAACGAUGCAAUAAUAAUUUUGUUCUUUCGGAACGGUUUGGCUGGUUCAGUUCUCAUUAUCGCAUUGACUGUCUUUUAAAAUUUAAUUAAUAUUACAAAAUACGUUAGUAAAAAUAGUGCAAAUUAUUAACUUCACUACAGUAAAUGUACACUAAUCUCAUAAAUAAACAAGCAACAAUUAAGUUGGAGCCAAAAUGUGCGGAUGUGUGAGGGUACUCCGCCUUGGCAGUCCACUAAAAAAAACAUGGCAACGCAGAUUGUUUUCUUCAUCUUCUUCGCCGCCAACGCAAGGAGUGCCAUACACCAAACUUAGUGUCGGAAUUCCCAAAGAGAUAUGGCAAGAUGAAAGGAGAGUUGCCAUAGUACCAGCUGUAGUAAGUAAAUUAGUUAAAAAAGGUUUUACAGUUAAUGUAGAAGAAAAUGCUGGUACAUUAGCAAAUUUCCCAAAUAAGACUUAUGAAGAAGUUGGAGCUAAAAUAACUAGUGUAAAGGACGCCUACGGCUCAAAUAUAAUUCUUAAAGUACGUCCAUUGGCUGAAAGCGAACUUCAAAAUGUUAACGAGGAAUCAACGCUUAUAUCAUUUUUCUACCCAGCACAAAACCAAGCACUUAUACAAAAAUUGGCUGCUAAAAAGGUGAAUGCAUUUGCAAUGGACUGCAUUCCUCGGAUAAGCCGUGCGCAGGUGUUCGACGCGUUGAGCUCUAUGGCCAACGUUGCUGGCUAUCGAGCUGUCAUUGAAGCCGCAGCACAUUUCCCACGUUUCUUCUCCGGUCAGAUGACGGCAGCGGGUCGCGUGCCGCCAUGCCGCGUGUUGGUGGUUGGCGGAGGGGUAGCGGGGUUGGCGGCCGCGGCCCAGGCGAGAUGUAUGGGGGCCGCAGUCCGGGCCUUCGACACACGACCGGCUGUGAGGGAACAGAUCGAGAGUCUCGGCGCACAGUUCAUUACUAUGGAAGUUAAGGAGGAGGGGGCUGGUGCUGGUGGGUACGCAAAGGAAAUGAGUGAGGAGUUCCUUCAGGCGGAGCGUGCUUUGUUGGGACGGGAAGCUCGGAGUUCCGACGUCGUGAUCAGCACAGCACUCAUACCAGGGAAACCGGCGCCUCUGCUUAUAUUAGAGGAUGCUGUCAAAGAUAUGGCUCCUGGCAGCGUGAUAGUUGAUCUAGCCGCUGAGAUGGGUGGAAACAUUGAGACGACCACUAAGGGCAAGGUGACCAGGGUUCAUGACGUCACACACAUCGGCCUCACAGACCUACCAAGUCGAAUGCCCGCACACGCCUCCACACUCUACGCCAACAAUAUUUCUGCAUUCUUAUUAAGUUUAGGUACUAACGAUCACUUCCACAUCAAUCUGGAGGAUGAAGUGACUCGUGGGGCGAUAGUCCUUAAAGCUGGUGAAUUACUAUGGCCGCCGCCGCCCGCGCCCGUGGUUGCACCCGACGCGGCCCCCAAAACUGUCACCCCUGUCAAGGUCGAGCCUCCCAACCCCUUCAAUGAAACCUUGAAGGAUACCUUCUUAUAUUCUACCGGUCUGGCAAGUCUUAUCGGUCUCGGUAUGGCAUCGCCGAAUCCGGCCUUCACCACUAUGACCACCACCUUGGCUUUAUCUGGUGUCGUGGGUUACCACACGGUGUGGGGCGUGGUGCCGGCGCUGCACUCUCCUUUGAUGUCCGUCACUAACGCCGUGUCGGGCAUUACGGCUGUGGGUGGACUACUGUUGAUGGGGGGAGGAUAUCUGCCAGAAACACCUGUACAGUGGCUAGCGAGUACAGCGGCUUUGAUCUCCUUUGUCAACGUAUUCGGCGGGUUUAUGGUCACACAGCGUAUGCUGGAUAUGUUCAAAAGGCCAGGUGAUCCGCCAGAGUAUGGAUAUCUGUACGCUAUACCAGCUGCCGCGCUUUUGGGAGGAUACGUCACAACAGCGAUGCAGGGUUACCCUGAAGUCCACCAGAUGGCGUACCUAGCUUCGUCGUUAUGCUGCGUCGGGGCACUCGCCGGCCUGAGCUCACAGACGACAGCCAGGAAGGGAAACUAUUUGGGAAUGAUUGGUGUAUCCGGCGGUAUAGCGGCCACACUGGGAGCAUUGACUCCAACAUCCGAAGUAUUGGCGCAAAUGGUUGGCGUGGCGGGCAUUGGCGGUCUACUUGGUGGUGUCAUCGCUAAGAAAAUUGAAAUCACUGAUUUGCCACAACUUGUGGCUGGAUUCCACAGCUUGGUGGGCAUGGCCGCUGUAUUAACAUGUCUAGCGACGUACAUGCACGAUUUCCCCGCCAUGGCGCUGGACCCCACCGCCGCCACGCUCAAGACGUCUCUCUUCCUCGGCACAUACAUCGGUGGAAUAACAUUCACUGGGUCGUUAGUGGCUUACGGUAAACUUCAAGGCGUGUUGUCCUCGGCCCCACUAUUACUGCCGGGUCGUCAUGCUCUGAACGCGGCGCUGGCCACGGGAGCCCUGGGCUGUGGCGGAGCCCUGCUCGCCUUCCCCGAAGCCCCCGGCCUGCCGCUACUGUCCGCCGCCGCCGUCCUCAGCGGCAUCCAGGGCCUCACACUCACAUCUGCUAUUGGUGGUGCUGACAUGCCGGUGGUGAUCACAGUCCUGAACAGCUACUCCGGCUGGGCGCUGUGUGCUGAAGGGUUCAUGUUGAAUAACUCCCUCAUGACCAUCGUCGGCGCACUCAUCGGCAGCUCCGGAGCCAUUCUAUCUUAUAUAAUGUGCAAGGCUAUGAAUCGUUCGUUGCCGAAUGUAAUCCUAGGUGGGUACGGUGUAACGGGGUCCGGAUCAGCUCGCCCGGAAGGUGCCACCCACACCGAGAUGAACGUCGACAGCGUAGCAGACCUCGUUCACCGCGCCUCCUCCAUCAUUAUAACUCCCGGUUAUGGUCUGUGUGUGGCCAAAGCUCAGUAUCCCAUCGCCGAAUUGGUGGACAUUCUUAAAGGCAUCGGAAAAAAAGUGCGCUUUGCUAUACAUCCAGUUGCUGGACGUAUGCCCGGUCAACUGAACGUGCUGCUCGCUGAAGCCGGUGUGCCCUAUGACGACGUGUUCGAGAUGGAGGAAAUCAACGAUGAAUUCCCGGAAACUGACUUGGUCUUAGUUAUAGGCGCCAACGACACCGUGAACAGUGCUGCUGAAGACGACCCGGAGUCUCCCAUAGCCGGCAUGCCAGUGCUCAAAGUGUGGAAGGCGAACCAAGUGGUAGUGAUGAAGAGGUCUAUGGGAGUCGGCUACGCGGCAGUUGAUAACCCCAUAUUCUACAACCCCAACACCGCCAUGUUGUUGGGAGACGCCAAGAAGACUUGCGACGCACUUCUCGACAGAAUCAAACAUCUCGCUGCAUAAAUUAAUAACAAAUAAUAUGCACAUAUAAAUAAUUUCUGAAGAGUUUUUAGAUCCUUAAAAGAAUUUAAUUGAUCAAGAAAUCAAUUUUAUAUCCAAUAUUGGAAUCCUUCAACCAAGUGACUGAUCAUUCUUAUGAAAUAGAAAAAUAUAGUCGGCGUAUAAUAACUGAGAGAACCAUAUUUAAUAUUUUUAAACCAAUCACACAGUCCCCUGUGUCCAUUUUGUUGUCAAAUAGUGUCUGAAGAUUAGCACUCAUACAUUUUUUAGUCUGUGACGAUUAAAACAAUAACGAGAGGAUUAUAAUUAUUAAGAAAAACCAUCUAAUAAUAAUAAUAAUAAUAAGGUAAACCAUUUAGAGAAAAAUGCUCACAACUUUUUUUUAUAUAACGAUUUUUAAUACUAACUUUUAGUUAAUAUGAUGUUUUUUAGCAAAUAUUUUAAUAACGCUUGUUGUGAAUACCACGUAAGUGCCUUUACUAAUAUAAACGAAUUCUUUAUGAAUCUAGUCUGUAAAUUGUUUUAAAAUUAAGCAUUCAAUGGACUGGAUGGAAUUAUUUUACAAGUUAUUUUUAAUAUAAUUUUUUUUAUUAAAGUUGCGUAUAUUUUUUAUCUAUAUUAUAAUCAAUAUGCGAGCAGCGUUGAUUGAUCCGUAGUAAUCAUCUUACUAAAAAAUUAUAAUAAAUGUACGCAAGUCAAAUUCAUAACUUUUUUGAGUGUCCCUAUAUGUUAGACACUCAGUAUAUCCUCGCCAUACAACACCCCAUCGUCAAUACAAUCUAGUCUUCCAAAACUAUAUUGAGUUAUUGUUUUAUGUUACUUACUGCUGCAUCAUAAUACUUUAUAAGAAUUUCAAUUAUAUAAAGCAGGUUUAUUAAGUUGAUGCUCUUAUGUUUAGAACAGCUAGCGCCUUAAUACUAUUCUUUAUUGUAAUCUCAAAUAGGUUUACAUUCCAUCGUAAUUUAUGUUACUAGAUGUAUUGUUAAAAUUGCAUUUUACUCGUAUGCUUUAUUACAGAAUGUGUUUAUUAAGUAUAAAAGGCGCUAUUUUAUGUUAUAAUGCGGCGAGUGUAUUCUUACAAAUUAAAUAAAUUUUAAAAUAACAAAAAAGAUUUUUAUUAAUGUCAUCAUGUAUGUAUUUUAAUAACAAUUUAAAUAAAAAAUCAUUGCAAAUACAACUAAACUUUGAAUUAUGGAAAGAUUUUCAGAAAAUGGAUGGAAUACAACAUUCUAAAGGAUUGGGGAUUACUACUUGGAAUAUUUCACGUCCACUUAUUAUACAAGUGUAAAAUAAAUUUUUAUUCUAGUAUUUAUUCCAGCACACUUAAUCUUAUACUCUUGAGAUAUUUGUUAAUAUAGGUAAUUAAGUGGGUAGGUAUUGUAAACCUUUAAUGUGAGGGAGAGAGACCAUUUUAGCCUUGAUAUUUUAUUUAAAGAACUCGAGGUUGAGCUUCUCCUUAAAAAAUUGCUAUAUGAACAGUAAGUUAUUAUAUUAUUUACUAUGAAUUAUCAAUUAAUAAUUAACAAUUAAUGAUUAGCAAUAAAACUUAUUUUUUUAGUAAUAUUAAAUAGAGAUUAAACUUAUAUGUGCCAAAAGAUUAAAGGUUCCUGAAUAUCAAAACUGCAUUUCUAUAUGUUCAACCAAAUAACACAUAUAGAAAGGUGUAACGACUUUAAAUUAAUAAUUUGUUAAACUUCAAAAUAUUAUGUUUUCAAAAAGUUACUAUUAAAACAUAUGUGGGUGCUAGAAAUUGAAAUCUGUUUUGUUUUUUAAAUGCUUAUAUUUCUAACGAAAUAUAAAAUUUUAGGCUGAA